AUGUCUGAAGUCCAUCCCGACUGGCUCAGUGAACAUCAACUACAACGCCUAAAUGAAAUGCUCAUUGUGGUUGAUGAAGAUGACAAGGUCCUUGGGGAGGACACCAAGAGGAACUGCCAUCUGAACGAGAACAUCGAGAAAGGGCUCCUGCACAGAGCCUUCAGUGUGGUUUUGUUCAAUACAGAGAAGAAAGUCCUGAUUCAGACGCGAUCAGAUGUCAAGCUGACUUUUCCUGGGCAUUUUUCUGACUCCUGUAGUAGUCACCCAUUAUACAACCCUGCAGGACUGGAAGAAAAGGACGCCUUGGGAGUGAAGAGGGCAGCCCUGAGACGCCUGCAGGCUGAGCUGGGAAUUCCCCAGGAGCAGCUUUCUACAGAUGACAUAGUGUUUAUGACAAGAUAUCAUUACAAAGCAAAAUCAGAUCAAAUUUGGGGAGAACAUGAGAUCUGCUACCUUCUCUUAGUGAAGAAGAAUGUGACCAUCCACCCAGAUCCCAGUGAAGUUGACAGCUGCUGCUACCUGGCCCAGGAGGAAUUGGAAGAGCUCCUGGAAAAGGGAGACAGGGGUGAAGUGAAGGUCACGCCCUGGCUGAGAAUCAUUGCAGAGAGGUUUCUGUAUAAGUGGUGGCCUCACUUGGAUGAAGUGACCCAGUUUGUGGAGCUUCAUAAGAUACACAGAAUAUGA